AUGCUCGCACGACUAAGUGGACUAUCCGGGCUGGCUUUCAGCUCACGUGCUCUUACCCAUUCUAUACAGCCUGCUUCCCAUGUAGUGCAGAUUACAGGAAGAAGAUUUGGCCAUGAGCUUGCGCCAAGAUACACAAUUCAGAAGAAAAAGCAGAAGGGGAGAGUGACAGUCCGGACGGGGGAGUCCGAAAAGGGCAACACGUUGACAUUUGGAGAUUACGGAAUGAGGUUAAAAUCACAAGGUUUGCGUAUCAAGGCAGACCAACUUCAGGCUGCAGACACGAUCUUGUUGAAAUUCGUCAAAGCAGGAAACGGGAAAUUGUGGAGGCGUCUCUGUACAAACAUUGCAGUGUGUGUGAAGGGAAACACUACCCGUAUGGGAAAGGGUAAAGGGCCAUUUGACCAUUGGGCAGCAAGAGUGCCAACGGGAAAAGUUGUGUUUGAGGUUGCAAAUAUGCACGAGCAGGAGGCAAAGGAUGCGCUAAGACGUGCCUGCGACAAGCUUCCCGGUGUUUGGGAGUUUAUAAGGACCAACACGCCGAUUCGGGUCGGCUUAAAAACGUUUAAAGAGAACAAGCCGGCGGAGAAGAAGAACUAUCUCGAUCUUCUGAAAAAGUCCCCUUCAAAGCAGUACGCCAACUUCCUGAAAUCGAGACAGCCCGAAUUCAGGAAAUACAACGGCCGUCGCUGA